AUGCUUGGAGGCAAUCCGAGGCCGUCGAACUACGAAAAUGGCGAGCUGCCCAAUUUCAAUAUGACGACGUUUGUGAUAUUCAUGAUAUUCGUUGUGCCGCUCAUCGCCUACUUGAUAAUUUUGCCGGGCGUCCGAAAAAAGGUGAUCAUCACGUCGGCGGUCUACAUCUACAUGAUGUUCGUCGGCGGUGUUCUCGCGUGCGUUCUGUAUUUUCCGUGUUGGGCGUACGGCUCCCAAAUGAUCUACACACAAUUUCGGGCGCACUCAAACGAAAGAAUUCUGGCGCAAAUUGGGGUUGAAAUUGGACUUCAGAAGGUCAACGUCACCCUGAAAUUUGAACGAUUAUUAUACUCGGAUGAUAUAAUGCCGGGAAUCGACAUGACCAAAUUGUAUUAUAAUGAGGGAUUCGACAUUACUGGAGUCUCGUCAAUGUCGGAGGCGUUGCACAACGCGCAGAAGCGCGGCCUUCCCUAUCCGAUGCUAAGCGUCUUGGAAUAUUUCUCGCUGAACCAGGACGCGUUCGAUUGGGGACGGCAUUAUCGUGUUGCCGGGCACUAUUCGCACGCGGCGAUUUGUUUUGCGCUCGCGUGUUGGGUGCUCUCGAUGGUAUUCCUUCUCGUUCUUCCGCACUACGUCUACCAGUCGCUUCUCGCCACCGGCGUCUCAUGUUUCGUCGCGUGUCUCCUCUACUUCAUCAUGUCGCCGUGCGAGCUUCGAAUCGCGUUCACCGGCGAGAAUCUCGAGCGCGUCGAUCUCACCGCGACGUUCUCCGUCUGCUUCUAUCUGACGCUGGCCAAUACGAUUAUUUGCGUCGUCGGCGGCGCGCUAUUGGGCGUUCUCAAACACUGGCGCAUCUACACGCUGUCGACGUUCUUCGACGCCGCCCAUGACGAGCAUGUUGGGCCGAAGACGCGAGGCGUUCGCGACGACCUCAUGCAGGGAUGCCGUGUGAUCUCGCAGCGGCAUCAUAUUGUCGCGCCGCACACCAAUAUUUGUCAUUCGGCGGAUGGCAGCACCGAUAAGACGAACUCGAGCGGAUUCGAAUCGAAGCCGACGUCGUGUCACAUCUCGCAAUCAUCGGCUUCGUUAACAAGUCAAGCAUCAUUCGAAACCGUACGCGAUGAGGAGGAGCUGGAGAACCGGACGAACCGAUUCACCGAACAGUCGACAUCCUCCACAUAG